AUGUCUUUCCAUUUUAUUGCAGGGCUGCAAGCUCAGACUGUCUUAGUCAAUGACACAGUCUCGGGGUUUAUCGGGACAGACGUGGUCCUGCACUGCAGCUUCACCAAUCCGCUCCCCAAUGUGAAGAUCACGCAGGUCACGUGGCAGAAAGCCACCAACGGUACCAAGCAGAAUGUGGCCAUCUACAACCCUGCCAUGGGGGUCUCCAUCCUCUCUCCCUACAAAGAGCGAGUGACUUUCCGGAAUCCUUCCUUCAAAGAUGGCACCAUUCAGCUCUCUCGGCUAGAGCUGGAAGAUGAGGGAGUUUACAUCUGUGAGUUUGCUACCUUCCCAACUGGCAACCGGGAAAGUCAGCUGAACCUCACUGUGCUGGCCAAGCCAACAAAUCGGAUGGAGGGCACCAAGCGGCCACUUAUUGCUAAGUCUGGCAGGACAGAAAAGAUCUUGGUGGCUACCUGCACCUCCUCGAAUGGGAAGCCCCCCAGCACUGUCACCUGGGACACCAAGCUCAAAGGGGAAGCGGAGUUCCAGGAGAUCCGGAAUAGCAACGGCACCAUCACAGUGAUCAGCCGGUACCGGCUGGUGCCGAGCCGGGAGGCCCACCGGCAGCAGCUCAUGUGCGUGGUCAACUACCAGCUGGACCGCUUCACCGACAGCAUCACCCUCAACGUGCAGUAUGAGCCAGAAGUCACUAUUGAGGGCUUCGAUGGCAACUGGUUUCUCAACCGGAAGGAUGUGAAGCUGAUAUGCAAAUCUGAUGCCAACCCCCCAGCUCACACCUACGAGUGGAAGCUGCCAAAUGGGACUCUGCCAGGGAGCGUGGAAAUCCAGAACAACACCAUCUACUUUAAAGGGCCUGUCUCCUACAGCGUGGCUGGCACCUACAUCUGUGAGGCCUCCAACGCCAUCGGUACACGGUCGGGUUUGGUGGAAGUCAAUGUCACAGAAUUUCCCUACACCCCGUCUCCAAUCGAUGAUCGCAAAUCCAUGGUGCAGCCGAACAUCCCCACACCGGUGAUUGGGGGCAUAGUGGGAGGAGUCUCGCUGGUCCUGGUGGUGGCCGUGGUGCUCUUUGUGGUACUCCGGCGCCGGCGUCACACCUUCAAGGGUGACUACAGCACAAAGAAGCACGUGUACGGCAACGGCUACAGCAAGGCCGGCAUCCCACAGCAUCACCCCCCCAUGGCCCAGAACCUCCAGUACCCCGACGACUCGGACGACGAGAAGAAGCCGGGCCCGCUGGGCGGCAGCACCUACGAAGACGAGGACGAGGACGCGGGCGGCGAGCGCAAGCUGGGCGGCCCCAACAAAUACGAGGAGGAUGCCAAGCGGCCUUACUUCACGGUAGACGAGGGGGAGGCGCACCCCGAACCUUACGACGAAAGGACACUCGGCUUCCAGUACGACCCCGAGCAGCUCGACAUAGCGGAGAACAUGGUCUCACAGAACGACGGAUCUUUUAUUUCCAAAAAGGAGUGGUAUGUGUAGCUCGGCACCCCAUCGCUACACGCACAUACACACACACACACACACAUACAC